AUGUCUAUGAAGCCACUUAUGCUGCACAUACUUCAGGUUGAUCUUUCAAGACGGCCGAUCCGUGACGUGGAGUUUUCCAAGGGAACUUACGGUCGUGACGGACUCCGUGAUAUCAAAUUGUCCAUAACAGUGAAGCUGAAUAUUGACAGCCAUUUUCAGUCCGCACAAUUGAAGGGCUUCAUUGGCCUUAUUCUCAAAUGCGUCUUUGUAAUUGUUCUUUCAGAUGAACGACUUUUCAGAGCCCACCUGACUUCGGUGUUAUCUUUCAUUUCAUUCGCGUCGUGGCUGGAGAUGUUCAUCAAGGAUCUGAUCUUCCUCAAGGCCAUGGUUACUUCACGAGGCCUUUUAACACUACCAUCAUAA